CCUUUCGUGAAGGCUGCAUAAGAUGUUAAAUGUAUGUAAAAUAUUUUGAUGCUUAUAGUGCCUUCACAAUAGUUCCGUUUAGAGUGAAGUAGUGCGGGGUCAGUGUACCCUCCUCUCACUCAGGCGCCCCGGGCCAACUAAAAUUUGUCAAUUUUCAUACGUGUGUUUAGUUUACGGGGGUGUUUCAAAAGACUUAUUAUCCUUCUUUUUUCUCUACUAUACGACCCUACUUCUAAACCCGUUCUUGUCAUGAUAGCCUUUUGUUUAUAUAUUUUAAUAGGCCUGUCUUCGUUCCGAUGUCACUCUGAAGCUUCUAUCAUUACAGUGCCUCCAGUAUCAGUAACAGUUCCUCCUCUUACAACACCAACAUUUAAUUGUAAAGGAACUGGUGACAUAUUGAAUUGGUGGAUUCAAAGUGCUCCACUAACUGACUCCGUUGCACAACAAAGAGAAAUAACAGUCAUUACAACCAAUAAUAAUAAUAAUGAUUACUCAUCAGUACUGACAGUAAAUGCUAUACCUAUUAAUAAUGAUUUGCAAAUUGGGUGUGAAGUUAUUACUUUCGAUCCUUUUAACCGUACUGUAUCAAAUAGUGAACUAGCUAUCAGAGGUGUAUCAUUGGUUCAAAAUCUUAAAUAUAAUUUUGCUACAAAUAAUUCAUUAUUAAUAACAUGGACACGCCCUGUCUAUUUCUCUGAUGAUGUCCCUGCUGGAUCUCCUAUUACCUAUCAUGUAUUAGUUACUGAUGAGGAAGAUGAAGAUAUCAUACUGGAUACAAUUACACCUAAUACAAUUGUUACAGUUCCCAAUAUUACAGAAUGUGAUACAUUUAACAUCAGUGUAACAGCACUAGUGGGUCAAUAUAAAUCAGUUAAUAAUACUAUCAGUAAAUAUAAUGGAAGUUAUAGUGUCAAUGUUACUGAGGAUUCAAUAAAAAGUGUUUCUAUUGAGGUUAGCUCCAUGCCAUCACCACAUUGUGAGAGAAAACUGUUUGUUAAAGAUGAACAUGAUGGUUCUGUACUGGUUAAUGAUGAAGUACUUAGUGCUGAUAAUAAAAGUGUCUCAUUAAAACCUCAUAAAAAAUAUCGAUUGAAAACUGAAGUUAAGAACUUGAGGGAUAAAGUUAAAGAUAUCAAAUACACCAAUAUAUCUACAUACAAUGUACAAGACCUGCUAUUAUCUACAUAUACCAAUGGAUCAGUUAGUGUACAGUGUGUGUUUGUAUCAGGAUCAACUGCUGAUGGAUGUCAUGUUACUUUUACACACACAGCUAGUGGAAGAAAUGAAUCCUUUACUAUAAUUGGAUUAGAUAAUAGUGCACUGAUAUCUUUAUCAGCCAGUGGAGUGUAUAAUGUAACUGCUUAUGAUAUGGACACUGUUAAUGAAUAUGAACCUGCUGUUUAUUAUCCUACACUGGUUGAAAUUGUUAACAUGUUGCUCCCUGCCUCCGCCUCAUUUAUUAUUAUGAGUGAAAGUACUACUCCUCCUACUCAGUCUACUAUCAGUAUUACUGUUAGUCCUACAGUCAUUGUUACACCUGGAAUUGGAACCACCUCAUCAACAAGAGAAAAUGAUACCAAUAACAUUGUACAUGUUGUGGCUGGUACUGUCAGUGGUAGUGUACUGGUGAUGUUGAUCAUAUUAGUAGUAUGUGUUGGUAUCACUGUUUAUAAGAGGAAAAUCAUGAAGUUACGAGUAUUGAUACGUUCUGACUUUGCUACUAUUCAAGAACCACAAACUGAGACCAAUCCUUAUCAAGAUGUUCAUGAGUUGAGAAAUGAAGGUCCUAUUGCCAUAUUACCUGUACUAUUAAUGAGUAACAGAUCAAUAGAUGAGGAGAAUCCCUAUCAUGUUACUAGGAGUGAGUUUCUGUGUGACAAUCAUCACACCAUUCCUUCACACAAUGUUGAGGUAAGUGUUAUAGUAUCAUGUGACUAUUAUAACAAUAGUACUGUUGUAAUAAUAAUGAUGCCACAAUAAUGCAAUAAGUGUAGUGAUGCAUGUAGAAUUAGUAAUGUUCUACCAUGCCUAGUUGUAAUUGACCAAUCAGAUUGCUUGGUUGUAGGUUCAUAAAUAACUAACUUACCUCUGAUUUCCCGGGAGGUUAAUAAAUAA